AUGGUGAUUCAGGGGAAGCAGCCCAGCUGCAGCGAGCUGUUCCUGCUAUGCCUUUUUCUGGGGCUGUCGUGGGAAGCUUGGGCUGGGAAGAUCCGAUACAUGGUGCCAGAAGAGACAGACAAAGCUUUCUUCGUGGGCAACAUCGCUGAAGACCUGGGGCUGCAACCUCAGGAGCUCAUAGAGCGCAGAGUUCGCAUCAUCUCUAGAGGUAGGAUGCAGCUUUUUGCUCUGAACCCUCGAAGUGGCAGCUUGGUCACAGCGGGCAGGAUAGACCGGGAGGAGCUCUGUGCACAGAGUGUGCAGUGUCUGGUGAGUUUUAACAUCUUGGUAGAGGAUAAAAUGAAGCUUUUCCCUGUUGAAGUGGAAAUAAUUGAUAUUAAUGACAACACUCCCCAGUUUCAGUUAGAGGACGUGGAAUUUAAAAUGAAUGAAAUAACUACUCCAGGUACCAGGAUCCCUCUACCUUUGGGGCAAGAUCUUGAUGUGGGUAUGAAUUCACUGCAGAGCUACCAGCUCAGCUCCAAUCCUCAUUUCUCCCUGGAUGUGCAACAGGGAGCUGAUGGAUCCCAACUCCCAGAGAUGGUGCUGCAGAGUCCCCUGGAUAGGGAAGAAGAAGCUGUGCACCACCUCCUCCUCACGGCCUCUGAUGGGGGCAACCCAGUCCUUUCAGGAACCCUCCGCAUUCAUGUUCAGGUGGUAGAUGCAAAUGACAACCCUCCAGCAUUUACUCAAGCACAGUACAACACGAGUGUCCCAGAGAAUGUGCCACUGGGCACUCGGCUGCUGACAGUAAAAGCUACUGACCCAGAUGAAGGAGUCAAUGGGGAAGUAGCAUACUCAUUUCACAAUAUAGACCACAAAAUAGCCCAGAUAUUUCAGCUGGAUUCUUACACAGGAGAAAUAUCAAAUAAGGAAGCCCUGGAUUUCGAAGAAUACAAAAUUUAUUCAAUGGAAAUUCAGGCUCAGGAUGGGGCAGGCCUCAUGGCCAGAGCUAAGGUGCUGGUAAAAGUUCUGGACAUAAAUGAUAAUGCCCCAGAGGUGACCAUGACGUCUGUCACCACUUCAGUCCCAGAAAACUUUCCUCCUGGAGCUAUAAUUGCUCUUAUCAGUGUGCAUGACCAGGACUCUGGAGACAACGGUGAUACUACCUGUUCCAUUCCUGGAAAUCUACCUUUUAAAUUAGAAAAGUUGGAUGAUAAUUUUUACCAUUUAGUGACAGAAAGAACACUGGACAGAGAACUUACCUCUAGGUACAACAUCACAGUAACAGCAACAGAUCAGGGAACUCCAGCUCUAUCUACUGAAACUCACAUUUCACUGCAAGUGACAGAUAUCAACGACAACCCCCCUGUUUUUCCCCAGGACUCCUACUCUACCUUCAUUCUAGAAAACAAUCCUCGAGGUGCCUCCCUCUUUUCUGCAACAGCCCAUGAUGCCGACAGCAAUGAGAAUGCACUGGUCACUUACUCCUUGGUGGAGGACACCAUCCAGGGGGUGCCUCUGUCCUCGUAUGUUUCCAUCAACUCAGACACUGGAGUCUUAUAUGCCCUGAGAUCCUUCGACUAUGAACAGUUCCGGGACUUUCAACUGAGAGUGGUAGCAUGUGACAGUGGCGACCCGCCGCUCAGCAGCAAUGUGUCGCUGAGCCUAUUCGUACUGGACCAGAAUGACAACACACCGGAAAUCCUUUACCCCGCUCUCCCCACUGACGAUUCCACAGGUGUGGAGCUGGCGCCCCGAUCCGCAGAGCCCGGCUACCUGUUUUACCUGGUGGUGGCUUUGGCCUUGAUCUCGGUGCUGUUCCUCCUUUCGGUGAUUCUGGCGGUUGCUCUGCGCCUGCGCCGCUCCUCCAGCCCAGCUGUCUGGAGCUGCUUUCCGCAGGAUCUCAGUUCCAAGUCCGGACCUGGGGUUCUCCCCAGUUACAGUGAAGGGACUUUGCCUUAUUCCUACAAUCUGUGCGUGGCUUCACGAUUAGCUAAGACAGAGUUUACUUUUUCCAACCUGAAACCAGACAUGGUUCCUUCUCGGGAUCUCCUUUGUGACGAUACUUCUGUGGAUGUAUGUGUCAGCAGUGAAGACCCCCCGAAUCGUUUCUGA